UGCGCGUAUCGAGUUGAGUUCAACAUCAGUACGUACCGACUUAAACGUUCUUUAUUUCCACAACACCACAUUAUUCGUUAAAUUAAUCAUUACGUAAAUCACGUUCAUGUUCUUUUCGUGAAUUAUUUAGAAAUCUUGAACGAAAGUUUUUCCAAAGUUUUUUUUUCUCUUUGUUUGCUGUCUGUCUUUCUCUUUCCCUUCGAAUACGCGAGUGCGAGAAUAGCAAGAUAGUGUACAUCGAAGCUCGAUCUCGAUCAAUGCAUCGAUACUAAAGAUUCCCAGUGGUGACGGUUCGAGAAUAUAGUUACCGAAGUGAGGUUACAUGAAUUCGUUGAAAUGUUGUGGCUCGUCAAACGGCGGACUCACGAUUAGCUCAGGUGGACAGAGUUUCUGCCUUGCCCUGUAUAUUGAGUGGACAAUGAUGUAGUGGCCGAUGCAGUAAAAUCACGCAUACGAAGAGCGGCCGCAAGUACGGAGGCAACAUCCGUGAGCAACGACAUCACAAUGCGCAUGUUGCUGCCAUUAACGUUGGUUAUCGUCGCAGCAGGUUUGCUGCUGGCAACCAUCGAAGCAAAUGUUCAUUUGCACUUGCCUUCCGACACUGCCAGCCACUUUACUAUCGGGGAACAUGAACAAGCAAUCGCUGGAAUAGAAGCUAGUCUUCUCUCGCUUCUCGGGUUUGCGAAAAGACCGAAACCGCAAGGUCCAGCAUACGUACCAGAAUCGUUAAAGAAACUUUUUAUUAAACAAAAUACCAUUGGUAUGGCUGAUAUUGCUAAACCAGGAAUUCAUGCUAGGUCUGCUAACACAGUUCGUUCCUUUUCUCACGUCGAAAGUGACCUGGAUCAUAAAUUUCAAUCUCCGAAUCGCUUUCGUCUGUUGUUCGACUUGAGUAGUAUACCGUCGAGAGAGAUAUUACAAGCCGCGGAAUUAAGUCUUUCUCGUGUACCUAUUUCAAAUAAAGAAGACAGCAGUCAAAAUUUGGGUAGAAUACUUAUAUACGAUAUUUUGCGGCCCGGCGCAAAAGGACACAGUACUCCGUUGCUACGUUUAAUCGACAGUAAACCAAUAAAUACCAGGAAGAACGACACAAUUAGUUUAGACGUUCAUCCUGCUGCGGAGAGAUGGAUAAAAGAUCCAAAGAAUAAUCAUGGACUUCUGGUACACGUGCGUGGAACUAAACAGGAGCAUGUACGUUUAAAACGGAGCGUAAACGAGAGGAACGAUACAUGGGUUAUUAGUCGACCGAUGUUAUUUACUUACACAGAUGAUGGGAGGUACAAAAUGUCCUCCGCAAGCCAGAUAAUAGAUCGUCGCGCCAGAAGAGCGGCGCUUCGUAAAAGUCGUCGGAAAGAUGGCCGUGAGAACUGCAGGCGGCAUCCGCUUUAUGUUGACUUUGCAGAUGUUGGUUGGAACGAUUGGAUCGUUGCCCCUCCUGGUUACGAUGCUUUUUACUGUCACGGUGAUUGCCCUUUCCCUCUAGCGGACCACUUAAAUUCCACCAAUCACGCGAUCGUUCAGAAUUUGGUUUAUUCGACGAAACCGAGCAUGGUACCAAAAGCUUGCUGUAUACCUACUGCUCUCAGUUCGAUAUCCAUGCUGUAUCUCGACGAGGAGAAUAAAGUGGUUUUGAAAAAUUAUCAGGACAUGGCGGUUCUUGGAUGUGGGUGCCGUUGACCAUCCGUCGAGUAGCUUAGUUAAAUAUUUUUACGGCGAAGAAUUUAUGUACAGUAAAAAUGAGAAUGGUUAAAACAAAAGGUAUUAGUAAAAUAAAAGAACGGAGGAGUAAGGUUUCGUUGUACCGAACGGAUAGCAGGUAAUGCCAUUUUUCGAGGGUAUGUGAAAUGUUUAUCGAGUGUUUAUACAUAUAUAAUUAAAGCACGUUUAAGGAGUUUGAUUUUUUAUUGUAUACAAAAGUUCAAUCGAUUGGUCAAUUAUUGACACAUUUAAUUAUUAUAUAUUAGUAGUCCUAAACGUCUAACUUUUCUAUGCAUAAAAUAAAGAGAGAUACGAAGCAGUUGUAUUAUAUUAUGUAUCGGGGUUUGAAACAGUUCAGAAAAUAACUGAAACAAACUGUUACAUAUCGGUUUCGGUUACGGGUUUUCAGAACCGAUAUUAUUACACCAUAAUCAAAUCAACCCGAUCAAAUCCAAAAAACUGUCCAAUUUAAUAUGAAACGAAACAACACGUUUUUAAACGAGGAUUUAAAUUGAAAUCAAAUCGCCCCUUCAAUUUUAAGUGCCUGUUUCUUAUUGAAAAGAAUUUCAAAUAAUUGACCAUUAAAUUUAUUGGUAUUAGUUUUAACCGAUCGAGUGAUUGAUAGAUGUUCAAAUAAAGAAAUUUUAUUUGCACCGAUGUGCAAUUAAUUUUUUUAUCGGCGGUAGGGAAAAAUGCUAUAAUAAAACUUUUAAUAAAAAAAACUUUAAAUUAAUAUUUACUCACCAGUUUUCCGUCACGUUUA